AGGGGGCCCCCUACUGACCCCGGGCCCUCGGGCAGUUCCCGAGUCUCCAAAUGGUCAGUCCGCCCCUGGUGCCACCUGUCAGUGUCCAUGUGUCAGUGCUCAUCAGUGCCUCGUGCCAGUGCCCAUCAGUGCCAUGUGUCAGUGCUCAUCCAUGCCACCUGCCAGUGCCCAUCAGUGCCACAUUUCAGUGCCUACCAGUGCACAUCAAUGCCACAUAUCAGUGCCCAUCUGAGCUGCCUUUCAGUGUCACCUAUCAGUGCCUGUCAGUGCCGCCUAUCAGUGCCAGUCAGUGCCAACUAUUAGUGCCAGUCAGUGCUGCCAAUCAGUGCCAGUCAGUGCCGCCUAUCAGUGUGCAUCAGUGCUACCUAACAGUGCCAGUCAGUGCCACCUAACAGUGCCAGUCAGUGCCACCUAUCAGUGCCAGUCAGUGCUGCCUAUCAGUGCCACCUAUCAGUGCCUCCUAUCAGUGCCAUAUAUGAGUGCUGCCUUUUAGUGCCCAUCAGUGAUGCCUGUCAAUGCCCAUCAGUGCCACCUACCAGUGCCUCCUCAUCAGUGCCCAUCAGUGCCAACUAUCAGUGUCCAUCAGUGCAGCCUAUCAGUGUCCAUCACUACAGCCUCAUUAGCGCACAUCACUGAAGGAGAAAAAUCACUUAUUUACAAAAUUUUAUAACAAAAAACUAAGAAAAAAACUUUUUUUUUUUUUUCAAAAUUUUCAGUGGUUUUUGGUUUGUUUAAGAAAAAAGAA